AACAAACCAAAAAUCUGCAAAAAUCGAUCAUUUCAUUCAUAUCCCCUUUCUUUCUUUAUUCUCUCUUCUUCUUGUUAUGUGUGUCUGUCCUUGAAGCUAGAAGAAGGACACAAAGCAAGAACGAAGAAGAAGCAUGGUUUCAACGAGACGCAACAGUGGAUCUUUCUCCAACGCCAACAAGAGGCCGUCUUCGUCUGAAGACAAAACUCCCUCUCCUUCCCCCAAGCGCCAAAAGGUCGACAAUGUUGCUGCCGUCUCGGAGAAACCGAUGCCGCCGGCGGAAAAUUCCAAGGAUUUGGGCAUGCGGGAGCCUCCCGCUGAUCCCGGAGAAUGCGAAUCUCGAGACGCUCAGAUCGCCGGUGACGUCAAUCCAGAUGGCAAGGCCGAUCCCACGCCGCCGAUCGCCGAUGGUUCUACACCGACUGUGGUUGCUGGUAAACCUAGGGGUUCGUUCUCUUCUUGGGCUAUAUAUCAGAAGCAAAACCCGAAUUUCGAGGCUUCAGUUCCCUGGUGCAGACUCUUGUCUCAAUCUGCGCAGAAUCCCAAUGUUUUAAUUUGCACACCCAACUUUACUAUUGGGUCUAGUAGGGGUUGCAAUUUCCCGUUGAAGGAUCAGACUAUUAGUGGAAAUUUGUGCAAGAUCAAGCACACGCAGCGCGAGGGAAGUGCUGUGGCCGUGCUAGAAAGUACGGGUAGCAAAGGAUCGGUGGUAGUGAAUGGCACGCUCCUCAAGAAGAGUACCAGUUGUGUGCUGAGCUCGGGGGACGAGGUGGUUUUUGGUUUGAUUGGGAAUCAUUCUUAUAUUUUUCAGCAAAUAAAUCCUGAAGUUGCAGUUAAGGCUGCAGAAAUUCAGGGUGGUGUCAGCAAGUUUUUCCAGAUUGAAAGGAGGGCUGGAGACCCUUCAGCCGUGGCUGGAGCUUCUAUUCUGGCUUCUCUUUCUAGCCUCAGACCGGAUCUUACAAGAUGGAAGUCUCCAUCUCAGACUGCCGGUAAACCUCUUCAGGGUACUGAUGUUCCUAGUCAUUCUGUUCUUCCUGAUGGUACAGAGACCGGGCUCGAUGGUCUGGAAGGCAACUCUGCUCCAAAUAUAGCGACAGAUAAAGCUGCUGAUGUUGGAGCAAGUGACAAGAAUUUGCCUAUGGAUUGCGAUUCAGAUGAUGCUGGCACAGAGACAGGCAAUGUAAAAAUCUCUGGGGUAUUUGAAGAAAGACACGGGACAAGGGAUGUGCAAGCUGCAUCGACUUCCAGUACUUCUGUUCGCAGUGCAGUUUUUAAAGAGGAUGUUCAUGCUGCAAUACUGGAUAGGAAUGAAAUAGAAGUGUCCUUUGACAACUUCCCUUACUACUUAAGUGAGAAUACAAAAAAUGUUCUAAUUGCAGCUUGCUUUAUACACCUGAAGCAUAGAGAACAUGCAAAGUACACCACUGAUCUUACAACCAUAAACCCUCGUAUUCUACUUUCAGGACCUGCAGGGUCAGAAAUAUAUCAGGAGAUGUUGGCAAAAGCACUUGCAAAGCACUUUGGAGCUAAAUUGCUCAUAUUUGAUAGCCAUUUGCUUUUGGGUGGUUUAACUUCCAAGGAAGCUGAGCUGCUCAAAGAUGGAUUUAAUGCUGAUAAAUCCUGUGGCUGUGCUAAACAAAGUCCUUUAACUACAGACAUGGCUGGGAGCGUGGAUCCACCAGCUAGUGAACCAGAGACGCAGAACUCCUCAAAUGCAAAUACUCCAUGUGGUUUUGAGUCUCAACUUAAGUUUGAAACUGAUAAUUUACCAUCUACAUCUGGGGCAGCUAAAAAUUGUGUGUUUAAACUAGGUGACAGGGUAAAAUACAGUUCAUCUUCUGGGGGAAUAUAUCAGCUUCAGACAAUUUCUACAAGGUACAGCAAUCGCAUAUACAGGGGUCCACCUAAUGGAAGUCGGGGGAAGGUUGUCUUACUUUUCGAUGAUAAUCCCUUGUCAAAGAUUGGUGUAAGAUUUGAUAAACCCAUACCUGAUGGAGUUGACCUUGGAGGUUGCUGUGAGGGUGGUCAAGGAUUUUUCUGCCAUGUGAAUGAUCUUCGGUUGGAAAACAGUGGCAUUGAAGAACUUGACAAAUUACUCAUUAAUACAUUAUUUGAGGUUGUGGUCAGUGAGAGCAGAAAUGAACCCUUCAUUUUGUUCAUGAAAGAUGCAGAGAAGUCUAUAGUAGGAAACGGAGAUCCAUUUUCAUUUAAAAGUAGGCUUGAAAAUCUUCCGGACAAUGUGGUGGUAAUAGGUUCACAUACUCAAACUGACAGUCGCAAAGAGAAGUCACAUCCUGGGGGUUUACUUUUUACGAAGUUUGGCAGUAAUCAGACUGCUCUUCUUGAUUUGGCUUUCCCCGAUAGUUUUGGAAGAUUGCAUGACAGGGGAAAGGAGGUCCCAAAGCCAAACAAAACCUUAACUAAACUUUUCCCGAAUAAAGUGACAAUUCACAUGCCACAGGAUGAAGUACUUCUAGCAUCUUGGAAGCAGCAACUUGAUCGAGAUGUUGAGACUCUUAAAAUUAAAGGAAAUUUGCACAAUUUACGUUCUGUUUUGAGCCGUUGUGGGGUGGAAUGUGAAGGGCUUGAAUCCUUGUUCAUUAAGGAUCAAACACUUAGUAUUGAAAAUGCAGAGAAGAUUGUUGGUUGGGCUAUAAGCCGGCAUCUCAUGCAGAAUGCUGAAACUGAUCCUGAUGCAAAGCUUGUGUUGUCUUGUGAGAGCAUCCAGUAUGGAAUUGGCAUCUUACAGUCUAUCCAGAAUGAGUCAAAAAGCCUGAAGAAGUCUCUUAAGGAUAUUGUAACAGAAAAUGAGUUUGAAAAGAGGCUUUUGGCUGAUGUUAUUCCACCUAACGACAUUGGUGUUACAUUCGAUGAUAUUGGAGCUCUUGAAAAUGUCAAGGAUACAUUGAAGGAAUUGGUUAUGCUUCCUUUACAGAGGCCUGAGUUAUUUUGCAAAGGGCAAUUAACCAAGCCAUGCAAGGGCAUUCUUUUAUUUGGUCCUCCUGGAACAGGCAAGACAAUGCUUGCAAAGGCAGUUGCUACCGAAGCUGGUGCAAAUUUCAUCAACAUUUCCAUGUCGAGUAUCACGUCUAAGUGGUUUGGUGAGGGCGAAAAGUAUGUGAAAGCUGUUUUUUCCCUGGCAAGUAAAAUUGCUCCUAGCGUGAUAUUUGUUGACGAAGUUGAUAGCAUGUUGGGCAGGAGGGAAAAUCCUGGGGAGCAUGAGGCCAUGCGAAAGAUGAAAAAUGAAUUCAUGGUGAAUUGGGAUGGCUUACGCACGAAGGAUACUGAGAGAGUUCUGGUGCUUGCUGCCACUAAUAGGCCUUUUGACCUAGAUGAAGCUGUCAUAAGGAGGCUGCCUCGGAGGUUAAUGGUAAAUUUGCCAGAUGCUCCAAAUAGAGCAAAAAUAUUGAAAGUCAUACUGGCAAAAGAAGAUUUGUCUUCUGGUCUUGAUUUGAAUGCAAUUGCAAGUAUGACUGAUGGAUAUUCCGGAAGUGACCUUAAGAAUUUGUGUGUAACUGCUGCACACUGUCCAAUUAAAGAGAUAUUAGAAAAGGAAAAGAAGGAACAGGCUGCUGCUCUGGCAGAAGGUAGACCUGCUCCGGCAAUAAGUGGAAGUGCAGAUAUCCGAUCUUUAAACAUGGAAGAUUUCAAGUAUGCUCAUCAACAGGUGUGUGCAAGCGUUUCCUCUGAAUCCGUAAAUAUGACGGAGCUUCAACAAUGGAAUGAACUAUAUGGUGAAGGUGGUUCAAGAGUAAAAAGAACAUUAAGCUAUUUCAUGUGAGAAAACCCUUUGUACAAAUGUUUUCCUAGUGCUGCCCCUCAUGUUCCAGAAGCCUCCAGUAUUUGUAGUUUUGUGCCGGCCUCAUAACGCUUGCAGGGCUUGAUGCCGAGCUGUUUCGUUUAUAAGGUGAAAUAUAGGUUUUUCGAGUAUUUUUUUAUCCUAACCUGUGGGAUGGUGGGUUUUGAAAGGAGUGGAGCCUUGCAGAAUAGUGAGCUGGCUCUGCUGCAUCUAUUUUGUUCCUCAUCCCCUGGCCGCCACCUCUUCAAAGAUGUGUGUUGAAAAUGUCUCUGCCAAAACAAGAGUCAUAACGACCCCUGUGAAAGCAUUUAUCACCCCUCCUAAUGGAAACAAACAAUAAGCAUUUUAGAUCAUCCCUGCUUUCUGUCUUGUGUACAUAUGCAUCAUAUCAUAGAAAAUCCCUUAGUUCAA